GGAGCGAAUCGUACCCUAACCGAAUCACUUUUAUAUCUACAAAAUGUGAUGUUACUGCAAAUAUUCCUAGAUACUAAAAUGAUUUUCUUCAUAAUGAACUUUUUAGGUUAUAAACUACAACAAGCGAAUUGUUUUUUCUUGGACGUACAACAGUUUCCUGCUUGUAAUACAAAUCACUUUCACUGUUUAAAAUGACAACAAUUAAUUUUGAAUUUGUAAUGAUUUUUGUUAGAGGAAUCACCACUUUCACUUUAUCAUUAUUUAGCAUGUGAAAAUUCGCACUUUUGCUGCGUGUGGCAGCCUUGUUUAUGCAGACUUUUGAGGUUAUUUUUCGUAAAUCUACAAAAAUAAAAGUUACCGUUCUCAAAUGGUUUGUUUUUGUUAACAAAUUCAUAGUGGAUCAUCUGCUUCUUACGAUGCAUAAACUCAAAUCCUCGCAGAAGGAGAAAGUUAAGAAGUUCAUAUCUUUCACACAAACGGGCGAAAAUACAGCCAUUUAUUGCCUUACCCAGAAUGAUUGGAAAUUGGACCUAGCCAGUGACAACUACUUCCAGAAUCCAGAUGCAUACUACAAAGAGCCCCGAAGCGUGGACAAAAAGAAGCUCGAAGCCCUGUACAACAAGUACAAAGACCCCAAUGAACCAGACAAGAUCACCGUCGAUGGAAUCAUGAAAUUCCUGGAUGACCUGAAUCUAACUCCAGAGUCAAAGCUGGUGCUGAUCAUAGCUUGGAAGUUCAAAGCCGCCACCCAGUGCGAGUUCACCAGAGACGAGUUUGUGAAUGGCAUGACGGAGUUGGGUUGUGAUAGCAUCGAAAAGUUAAAGGCACGGUUGCCUACGUUAGAAAAUGAACUUAAAGACAACUUCAAAUUCAAAGACUUUUAUCAAUUUACGUUUAAUUACGCGAAAAAUCCAGGCCAGAAAGGACUUGAUUUGGAUAUGGCUAUUGCGUAUUGGAAUAUUGUCCUGAAAGGAAAGUUCAAGUUUUUAGACCUGUGGUGCCAAUUUUUACAGGAGAAUCACAAACGAUCCAUCCCGAAAGACACGUGGAACCUCCUACUGGACUUCGCGCAGCAGAUCGCGGACGACAUGAGCAACUACGACGAGGAGGGCGCUUGGCCUGUCUUGAUCGACGAUUUCGUCGAAUGGGCGACAGCGAAAGCGAAAGAAAGUCAGCAACCACACAGCACCAGCACCCAUCUCGACUAGCACACUGUCGCCGUUGUUCUCCUACAGCUCGUUGAUUUUUAUAAAAUCCAAUGGCAGUAAACCAUGCGUUACUUUACAAAUCUGUCUGAUGAUCGGGAAUAAGCUGGGGCGUUUGUUUCGUUCUUUUUUACAAGGGAGAACCGGGGAGGGUGUUAAAAAUUAAAGGCCUGUAAAUUAAGUAAUGAGACUGUUUGAGACCAACGUGCUUUUUUACGGAAUACGCUUCAUUGAACGUAGAUGCGUAUUCUGGGUAUACACCUCGUAAGUCACGACAUUCCUCCAGGUCAAAUGAUUCUACGCAAUACACGUACAGUGCAAAAACAACGUAAGGCGAAUCACAUGCUCUCCUGUCACCCGUCCAAACCCGGCGCGUCCAGUGUUGCCAGAUCCAGCGCUACGUUGCCAGUCUCAUUACUCAAUUUACAGACCUCGUACGUCUAGCGCCGAGAGAUGGCAGCGGACAUUAUCGAAGCAUAACUCUUGCAGCUUAUCACAGAAUCUAUUCGCCAAGAGCGAAGUGCAUAGUGAGGAGAACUAAAUCGAUCGCAGUAUAUAAAAAGGGAACAUUGUCGCCUGGAUGUGGAAACAUUGCAGAAGUGAUCUAUAUGGCGCGAUCUGUUUCAUGUGGGGCAACUGAGGUCUUGAAAUAGUGCAAAUAUUUAACUAUCGUUAUCUGUCAGAUCUAAAGCGAGUUGUCAGUUUAAAAUUUAUAUUAUUCCUAACCUCCUGGCGCGGCACCCAACGCGCGGACAGCUUUCUGAUGCAUAAAUGUUGGUGUAAUGUGUGACAAACACGUUCUUUUGACAUCUUCAUAACCUCUGCUAUAUCUCAUACUUUAAUUCGGCGGUCGUCUGCAGUUUUUGGACGUCCCGAACGUUCAAUGUCUCCCAAGCUCUUACGGCCACGUUUAAAUUCAGUUGCCUGAGGCAAAUGAUGGUGCAUACAAAGAAUCCAACUCAUCUUUGAUUUGCGACAGAUAUUUAAUGACAGCUCGAUACUCAAACGACUGUUACAUAACAACUUCUGGCUAAAACUUUGGUGAGUAACUGACAACAGACUAAUAACGAAAUUGACUAGCUUUUAUUUACGAGUGCUGCCAUCUCCACGUUGAGGCCGGAAACUAUUCGGAUCACCCUCGUAAAAAAUUAAGGUAUGCUCAUUUGACCAAUGAGCGUCGCUUGUAUCCUUCAGCCUCCUCUUAAUAACACAAAUGGCAUAUCAUAGUCACCUUCAUGCAGACUGUACUGUAAAGUAACGAAAAAUGGAAGCUCGAAGAGUUUCUGUUUCCGGAAGACGCCUCUAGUGGAAAGUACUUUAUUUUGGAGAUUGUGCCGGGGAUAAUCUUUUCAGUUUUGUUCGGUUUUUUGUUGCGUACUUUAUUUCGUAACUGUAUAUAAAUACUAGAUUCUCCUUUCCACGUAGCGUGGAGUAAAAUAAAUAUAUUGUAAAUUUUCUGGCAAAGAGAAAUUGUUCGAUGUAAGCUACGUUUAUUAAGAAAAUUAGGAAAAACGAAA